AUGAACUGUCAACUGUCAGUACCGGAUGCACAAUGGUGCCGGAACCGGUACCUGGAACUGCACACCGCGAACAUGCAAGCCUCUCAGCUUCCCGCCUUGGUCGACAGCCUCCAGGCUCUCUUUGAGCAAGCCGUACCGCUGAACGAAUUUCGCGUCGCGGUUGGGUGUGCCUCGUUGCUGAGCCUUAACUAUAAGAGGCUUGAGGAAUGGGAAAGCAGCGUCAGGUGGGCCCAAGAAGCCAGAACCGUUGCCAUGACAUAUCUUGGUUGGUCGAUGGCCUCGAAAGCAGCGAAGACCCUGGCACAAGUCACAUACGACUAUGCCAGGGAAUCCCCCUCCCCGGAAAUCUUUAGUCAUCUCGUCUCGCUCUUAGCCGACGACGCCGAACGGGACGGUCGGCAUCAGAUGAUCGAGGACCAGGUGGACAAGUACGGUUUCCUUAGUGACGUCGAGCUACUACGUGCCGCGAAGCUGGAGAGCGUCAGCAGUCAGGACGCCUUUCAUGACUCGCUUACUUGGCUCGCAAAGGCCGAGGCUUUGAUCUCGCAGUUACCAGAGGAGCUGCAGCUUUACUAUACGGCCGAGAAUAUAUACAAAAGGUCUAACGCGUACUAUGCCAUCGACGACAUUCCAGCCGCAUUGGUGUGCGUUCGAAAUGCUUGCACCCUGUUCGAAGAGAUCGGCAAGGAGCGCGAAACGGCCUUGAUGCACCGGAGGAUCGGCCAACUGGAAUUGCUCGCUGUCGAGCUCCACCUUGAGACUGCCAAUUCUUCGCUCGGCGAGAUUUUGGAAAGUUUCCAGCGGUCGGAGGCGUUCCUAAAAACUGCAGGCUUUCAAGAACAGCUCGCUGAUUGCCAUCUUCAGCAAGCCUGGGUCUGGGAGAGAGCCCUUCUUCAAGGCCACGAAGGGGCGCUGGAGCACGCCCUGAGGAACCUCGAUAGGGCGGAGCAGAUUCGGAACGAAAUCCGCAUGGAUUUUACCAUUCAGCGAGACGCCAAGUCGUUGAUACAGAAACAGGCUCUCGUCAGCCGGAGCGCGGAACUGUAUACACUCGGGUUCGAACUAAGCUUAAGGUUGAACGACACUGGCCGGAGUUGGUGGUGGCUGCAGCAGGGUAAAGCACGAGGACUCCUGGACCUCAUUGGUUUCGGUGCCGACGUGCCCGAAAGCAUCAGAGCUGAUAUUUCCAGAGACAAGACCGCCGCGGAGCUGUGGGAGCAGGAGGCCGCAGUUCUGCAACAGAUAUCCGUCGCUCCUCCUGUCGACCGCUUUCGGCUAAGAGCAAGCUUGGCCAAGCUGCGCCGCUCUAUGGACAACCAUCCAACCCUGCAUCCAGCGCUUGCGUACCGUGGAGCGCGGAGCCUCGAGCUCGAGCAGUUGAAGAACAUGUUUCAGGCAAGAACAGACAUCAUCUGUGUUGACUGGGCGGUGGUACACAGCAAGCUAUUUAUGGUGUCAGUGCGACCCGGGGAGGAACCAAGGAUCUCAGAGCUUGAAAUCGAGCUCAAAGACGUAACUUCAUGGAUGCGGGCCAACAUGAAGCCCGCGCAGCUGCGCGAAAAGUCCGCCAUUUCCAGGUUCAAGAAGCUUGACCCUCUCGUCGGACCUUUGGCCAAAAUUUCCAAGGAGGGAGAGCUAUUGGUGUUCUGUCCCACUAAUGUCCUGGCCGGCCUCCCUCUCCAUGCCUUAGAAGUCGGUCAGCAAGUGGUUAUCGAGCGCAACCCGGUCAUAUACUCGACCAGCCUGUCGAUACUACAACACUGCCUGCAACGACAAGGCAGAGACACGCCGACAACUUUCAAUAUCGCGAUAAUUGGCGAUCCAACAAGCGAUCGAGCAGCAGCGGCAGACUCUGCCUCGAGUCUAGGAUUGCGGAUGAAGACAGAACCCCUUGUUGGCCAGGCGGCGACCGCGCAGGCUUUCAAAUCCGCGGCCGAGCAUGUGGACAUCUUCCACUACCACGGCCACGUCAAGUUCGAGGUCGAGGAGCCGCUCGAGUCAGCAUUCAAGCUUCACGGGGGAGAAAAUGUAACGGCCCGAGAUCUAUUUAGCAUACAAAUGCGCACCAAGCUGUUCACCAUAAUCGCCUGUGAGAGCGGGAAACAGAACGUCCUGCCUGGUGACGAGCCGCUGGGACUGGUGCCCGUUCUCUUGCUGGCGGGAGCCAACGCUGUGGUCGGGACGCUGUGGAACUGUUGGGACACGGCGGGCAAGGAGUUCGCCGAAACUUUCUAUCAGAUCAUCUGCCACGAAAGGGAGCGUAGCAGCGGGUCUAACCAAGAACCUCCGUCGUCGUCCACUAUCAAUCUAGCGUUUGCGCUUCGCGAGGCCGUACUCGACAUCCGGAAACGACGACCAGAACCCUAUUUCUGGGCACUCUUCGUCCUCUAUGGAAAUUGGGAUUUGGUGUUCUAA